GGAGUGUUGGGUGUGUUGAAGGGGAUGCUGAGUGUAUGUAUGUGCAUGGUUGGAAGCUCGGGCCUGCAGGGCGCAGGCCUGGUCAGCUGCCAGCCAGGCUGGUUUGUCCAGUGCGGAGCGGAGGCAGCACAGGCUCCUCAGGAGGCGGCCGCAGGCGGGGAAAGGGGAGUCUAGGUCAGCGAAGGGCAAAGGAAGCUGGAGGGUGGCGCGAGUGGCCUCCGCAUCCCGGCUGCAGGGUGUCCAGUGGGAAACGGGGAGGGGCCGCGCCUCGCGGCGGUGCCGCCAGUCCGCAACGCAGCCAGGCACUUCCGAUAUACAAGAAUUAAAUUUUGAAUAAGCCUACAGGCAGUAUGGACAGUUAUUUUAAAGCAGCUGUCUGUGACUUGGACAAACUCCUUGAUGAUUUUGAACAGAACCCAGAUGAACAAGAUUAUCUCCAAGGUCCUCAAAAUACCUAUGAUUCUAGCCACUGUUCCAUUUCUUCAGAGUUGGCUUCUUCACAGCUAACUUUGUUACUACCAAAGGACCAGCAAUGUGUUAACAAUUGUGCCUCAUCAGAAACAUGCUGUGAAAAAAAUGAGACUUUCCUGCCUGAAAAACCACUUGAAGGACUGACUUCUAUACAAAGUGAAAAAAAUGUAACAGGACUUGACCUCCUUUCUUCUGUGGAUGGUAGUACUUCAGAUGAAAUAUUGCCUUUAUAUAUGAGCCGAUGUAGUAAACCCGUCUGUGAUCUGAUAAGUGACAUGGGUAACUUUGUUCAUGCAACAAAUAGUGAAGAAGACAUUGAAAAAUUAUUACCAGAUGACUUAAAGUCUAGUACAGAUUCUUUGAUUGGAUUGGAUUCAUCCUCAGUUUCAGAUACUCUCUGUGCUUCUUCAACAGACCUUGUCAGAGAAGAAGAGAACGAUGUCAACUCUGAAUUACAACAUAGAGAAAUUGAUGGAACCAAAGAAUUAGGAAUAAAAGUAGACAUAUCGCUUUCAGAUAUGUGUAAAUACAGUGCAACAGAAAAUUUAAAGGAUAAAAGUGUCUCUAAUCAGUUAGAACCAGUUGUUGAUUUUAACAUGCCCUCUCCUUUCACACAACAAAGUUCCACAAUGUUUGAUGCCAAAGAUAACCCAGAACAGAAGAUUCUGCCACUUGAGUUAGGAAAAGAUGACGAUUGUUUGGGAAAAGAACAGGUAAAAGUAGCAGUCAGAAGCACCACAGAAUGUUUAAAAGAAGAAGCUAGUAUGAAUAUUUUGCCUAGCAGUCUUCCAAAUAUUGAAGGUUUAUGCCUCAAUGACUCAAAUUCAAGAGAUGAGAAUUUCAAAUUGCCUGACUUUUCUUUCCAGGAAGAUAGAACUGCUGUGGUUACAAAACAAUCUGCAAAUGAAAACUCAAGACAUUUAGACCUUAAAGAUAACACUACAACCCAAGAUUCUUCUUCAACUUUACCCGUUUCAAGUGAAAGUGUACACUCUUCAUUGUCCUGUCUUUCAUUAUCUGGGUCUUUGUGUGGAUCACUAAUUGAUAGUAAAACACAAGAUGACUUUUUAGCUCAGAAUGAACCUACAGGUCAUAAAGAAGAUGCAGUGACUAAGCAUGAAGAUUUACAGAAGAGUACUCUUUUACACGGGGGACCCUUCAGGGAGACUGAUUUGUUCAAAACGGAAAAAUCUAAAACUGUAUUUCUUCAGCCAGUGAAUGGAAAGAGGGGUGACAGAGAAGUGGAAGGUGAGCAGGUGGUAAUUAGAGUUGAAUCUUUGCAGUCCCAUGAAGACUCCAGUUCUGCUGCUACAGAAUCUCAAGCAGAGCUCCCUGGUGCUUGUGCCCCAGAAUCUCUGGAUCAUUGUGAAGGUCUCAGUUUUUCAAGCAACAGUAUGGAUGGGCAAGACUUAGAUUACUUCAAUAUUGAUGAGAGCAUGAAAAGUGGUAUGCUAAUUAGUGAUGCUGAACUUGAUGCUUUUCUGACAGAACAGUAUCUUCAGACUAACACAAAAUCUUUUGAAGAAAAUGUAAAUGAUUCUAAAUCUCAAAUGAAUCAGAUAGAUGUGAAAGGCUUAGAUGAUGGAAAUGUCAGUGACAUAUAUUUCGAUGCUGAAACAGGAGCUGCUGGGAAAAGUGAUGGUAUUAUGCUUUGCAAAGCAAUUGAUAAACAAAACACAAGAGAAAAUGGUGGCAUUUCUGCAGGAGAAAACUGUACAAUUCCAAAUGAACAAGAGCUACCUACUAGUAAGUCUGAGAUGAUAAAUGAAUUACCAGCUUCUGAUAAUAACAGUCAGUCUACUCAUGUGGGAGGGGCUAGGCCUAAGCAAUUGUUUAGUCAUCCAUCAAGAACAAGCAACUCAAAGGAACCAAAUAAGCUGGGUGUUCCAAAUAUGCCAGAAAGUGAACCCUGCCUAGCAAAUACCAUUUCUCCAGUCACUUGUACAACAGAUUCUACCACUGAUCCUCAGGUUGGCUUCAACUCUAAUUACAUUGAUAUAGAAAGUAAUUUUGAAGGUGGAUCCAGCUUUGUAACUGCAAAUGAGGAGUCCCUGCCUGAAAACACAUGCAAAGGAGGCUUGGUUUUGGGCCAGAAACAACCUACUUGGGUUCCUGAUUCUGAAGCUCCCAACUGUAUGAACUGCCAAGUCAAAUUUACUUUUACAAAACGGCGACACCACUGCCGAGCAUGUGGGAAAGUGUUUUGUGGUGUCUGUUGUAAUAGGAAAUGUAAACUUCAGUAUCUUCAAAAGGAAGCAAGAGUAUGUGUAAUCUGCUAUGAGACUAUUAAUAAAGCUCAGGCAUUUGAAAGGAUGAUGAGUCCAACUGGUUCUAAUCUUAAAUCUAAUCAUUCUGGUGAAUGUGCCACCAUCCAGCCACUUCAAGAGACCCAAACAUCCAGUACACCUUUACCUACAACUUUGCCAAUUUCAGCACUUAAACAACCAAAUGUUGAAGGACUAUGUUCCAAAGAACAGAAGAGAGUCUGGUUUGCAGAUGGCAUAUUGCCUAAUGGUGAAGUUGCAGAUACAACAAAAUUAUCAUCUGGAAAUAAAAGAUGUUCUGAAGAUUUUAGUCCUGUCUUACCUGGUGUGCCCAUGACUGUAAACACAGGAGAUCAUACUCUUUCUACAACAGUGGGAAAACGAAACAAUGAAAUAGGAGAGAGUACAAGAAAUGAGAUAAUUCAGAGCCCUAUUUCUCAUGUUUCAUCUUCAGAAAAAAUGAUUUUAAGCACAGCAACUGAGGGGUUACCGAAUGCUGCUUCUUUUACUCUAGAGGAUGACGUUUUUGCAGAAAUUGAGGAGCCAUCUAAUUCAACUGAUGUCAUAGAUAAUAGCAGUUUACCUGUUGCUAGUAUGUCAGAUUAUAGGUUAUUGUGUGGUAUUGACAAAUAUGUUUGCAACAAGAUUAGUCUUCUACCUGAUGAUGAGGAUGGUUUGCCUCCACUUCUAGCAGCAUCUGGUGAAGAAGGAUCAGUCCCUGCCAUACAAGAGCACCCAUCCCAUGAGCAGAUAAGUUUGCUUCUUGAAGGUGAAGGGCUUCGUCCUGUUACAUUUGUCCUAAAUGCUAAUCUACUUGUGAAUGUCAAAUUAGUAUUUUAUUCUUCAGAAAAAUAUUGGUACUUCUCAACCAAUGGAUUACAUGGUUUGGGACAAGCAGAAGUUUUUAUUCUGUUGUUAUACUUGCCAAACGAAGAUAGAAUUCCUAAGGACAUCUUCAAACUCUUCAUCACUUUGUAUAAAAGUGCUCUAAAAGGAAAAUAUGUAGAAAACUUGGACAAUAUUACCUUUACUGAGAGUUUUCUCAAUAGCAAGGAUCAUGGAGGAUUCUUGUUUAUUACACCUACUUUUCAGAAACUUGAUGAUCUUCCAUUACCAAAUAAUCCUUUUCUUUGUGGAAUUCUUAUCCAGAAGCUGGAAAUUCCAUGGGCAAAAGUUUUUCCUAUGCGUUUAAUGUUGAGAUUGGGUACGGAAUAUAAAGCUUAUCCUGUUCCUCUAACAAGUAUCAGAGGCCGAAAACCUCUUUUCGGAGAAAUAGGACACACUAUUAUGAACUUACUUGUUGAUCUUCGAAAUUAUCAGUAUACCUUGCAUAAUAUAGACCAGCUACUGAUUCAUAUGGAAAUGGGAAAAAGUUGUAUAAAAAUCCCUCGGAAAAAAUACAGUGAGGUGAUGAAAGUAAUAAAUUCUUCUAAUGAGCAUGUCAUUAGUAUUGGAGCUAGUUUUAGUACAGAAGCAGAUUCUCAUCUGGUCUGUGUGCAGAGUGAUGGAGUUUAUCAAACACAGGCCAGCAGUGCCACUGGCCAGCCUAGGAAAGUGACAGGUGCAAGUUUUGUGGUAUUCAAUGGUGCUCUGAAAACAUCUUCAGGAUUUCUUGCUAAGUCCAGCAUAGUAGAAGAUGGCUUAAUGGUCCAGAUAACUCCAGAAACCAUGGAUGCCUUGCGGCUCGCACUACGAGAGCAAAAGGACUUUAAAAUUACCUGUGGAAAAGUCGAUGCAGUAGACCUAAGAGAAUAUGUGGAUAUCUGCUGGGUAGAUUCAGAAGAAAAAGGAAAUAAAGGUGUUAUCAGUUCGGUGGAUGGAAUAUCAUUACAAGGAUUCCCAAGUGAAAAAAUAAAACUAGACACAGAUUUUGAAACUGAUGACAAGAUUUUAAAAUGUACUGAGGUGAUCUACUUCCCCAAAGACAAGGAUUUGUCUGUGUUAUCAACUUGUUAUCAAUUUGCAAAAGAAAUAGCCAUGGCUUGUAGUGCUGCAUUGUGCCCUCACCUGGAAACUCUUAAGGGGAGUAGAAUGAAUAAGAUUGCACUCAGAGUUUCCAUUGACACUGAUAUGGUUGAAUUUCAGGCGGGCUGUGAAGGGCACCUUCUGCCUCAGCAUUAUCUGAAUGAUCUCGACAGCGCCCUAAUUCCUGUGAUUCAUGGUGGGACCUCCAACUCCAGUUCACCCUUAGAAAUAGAACUGGUAUUUUUCAUUAUAGAAAAUCUUUUUUAGUGAAGGGACGUGCUAUAUUUUAUAUUGUGAUCUAAUCUGUUAACUAUUUCUAGCACCACCGCUGAAAUGCCACAAUUAUUUG